UAGAAAGAGUGAAGCGUCUGGCGAUUGACAUUUUACUGUGCUACUCUGUAUUCGAGGUGGAUUGCACGAGUUACUAGUCAAAUGGUAGGGUAACCAUUACGUCAUCUCGGGAUAGCCUUCAACUACCGGGUACGCGAUUCUCUCGCAAACAUUUACUCAUUUCUCACUCCAUCCUGACCAUGGCGGAUCGAUAUAUUCUCCGCGUGACGGCUGGUCCAGGUUACGACGAGAAGGAUCAUGUCCUCGUACCCGUCAACGAGACCGAGCCGGUCAAGAUCGCCAGUCCACUGGCGACGAUCGACUUGUCGGUCCGUGUGAGGGACUACAAUGGGCUGCCUCGUGGCUCCCCAAGCUCUUCCAAGUACUUUGAGACGGAACCGCACGCCUACAACCAGGAUCAGUACAGUAUCUGCUUCAGCUUCACCCCUCACGCGCCCAAGGGCGUUCAGAGCGGUGAGCAGAAAGACGGCAUCAAAGGCACGGAUUUGCAAUUUGGCAAUGAUUUCGACCGUCCGAUUCGGGACAAGCUCCCACCAGGAUUCAGCACGGCAAUGAACAUUGUGAAGUGGUGGAUCGACCCUGGCCUCGAUGGGGACGCGUACGCUGACCGGCCGCACCUCUACGGCCCAGCUCUGUCGUCGUUGAAUGCGUUGCAUGUUGGCGCACCCGAAAUCGCAGAAGACAAGGGCGGCAUCUUUGUCGAAGAAGGCGGCGGCGAAGACGUGAGGGCCGAGUUGGGCAUGCCCGUUGACGGGAAGGGACGUAUGAAGUGGGGACUAAACGAUGCCAACAAGGAGUCCUGGCUGUGGAAGUACGGGGAGACGUACGGGAUGGACUUUUACAACCCUUACAUUGACUUCUCGACGUUCUCCCUGCGGCUGCCGGGCUUCCAUCUCCCGAUAUUGAAGUACUGGGACGGACAAGGGCUACGAUAUGUUCUCCGAAACCGCCUGACGGGCGAGGUGUACCUCGCAGUGUGCUUCACGAUCCACCUGAAAGAGGAUGUCGACGAGGAGGGCAAUAUCAAAGAGAAAGCGAAAGAGCAGGGUCGGAAAGACGACGAGAGCAGACAGAAGGAGGCAGCGGCGCUAUCAAGCCAGGCAAAGAACACAGCGGAAGAUGAUUUAGACUGAUUGCUAGACCGGUCCUUUGUGGAAGCGGUGUUUGUGCUUGCGAGAGUAAGCAUAUAGACGGGUAUCAAGCUAACCUUUGCGUUUUACAUUAAUUACUUAUAAGCAUAUCGAGUUGGUUUCCAUAAUCCCAUAAGGAGCCAUUAGGCUGUCUCCACCCCAUCUACUCGGCCUUGAAGGGGGCGAUCGCUAUUCGAAGCCUGGCAAGGAGCCCAACGGAGGAGUCAGGCUCGGUAGGGCCUCGACACUUUACGACGGAACAAUUCUCUCUGCUCCAACUUCUGAGACGACGCGAAUGUG